UCCUGACGGCCCAGGAGAGGAGACAAGAGCACCACCACCAGCCUCCACGCCUGCCCCACCGCCAAGGAACCAUGCUCCUCGCCACGUUUAAGCUGUGCGCCGGGAGCUCCUACCGACACGUGCGCAACAUGAAGGGGCUGAGGCACCAGGCUGUGCUGGCCAUUGGCCAGGAGCUGAACCGCAGGGCCCCGGGGGGGCCGACCCCAGCUGCCUGGAUUAACCAGGUUCCGCGUCGCGGCUCUCUGCUCGGUUCUCAGCUGGAAGACACUCUCUACAGCAACCAAGAACUGGUCUAUAUCCAGCAGGGAGAGGAGGCCAUGCAGAGGGCCCUAGGCAUCCUCAGUGACCAGGAGGGCUGGAAGAAGGAGAGCCAGCAGGCGAAUGGGGACGAAGUGUUGAGUAAAGUGAUCCCAGACGUGGGCAAGGUGUUCCGGCUGGAGGUGGUAGUGGACCAGCCCGUGGAGAGGCUUUACGAAGAGCUCGUGGAGCACAUGGAGGCCAUGGGCGAGUGGAACCCGAAUGUCAAGGAGAUCAAGGUCCUGCAGAAGAUUGGAAAAGACACAGUCAUCACUCACGAGUUGGCCGCAGAGGCGGCAGGAAACCUUGUGGGGCCCCGAGACUUCGUGAGUGUGCGCUGUACCAAGCGCCGGGGCUCCGUGUGUGUGCUGGCUGGCAUGGCCACACACUACGGGGAGAUGCCCGAGCAGAAGGGCGUCAUCAGAGCUGAGCACGGCCCCACCUGCAUGGUGCUCCAUCCCCUGGCUGGAAGCCCCUCAAAGACCAAACUCACCUGGCUGCUCAACAUUGACCUCAAGGGCUGGCUGCCAAAGACUAUCAUCAACCAGGUCCUCUCACAGACCCAGGUGGACUUUGCCAACCACCUGCGCAAGCGCCUGGAGUCCCGCCCUGCUCUGGAAGCCAGGUGUUGA